AUGCUGUAGUGAGACUGUUGCAAUCAUGAACUCCACUGACAUUCAGAAGAGGAAAGUAGCCAUUGUUGGAGGUGGUCUGGUGGGUGCUUUAAAUGUCUGUUUCUUUGCAAGAAGAGGGUUCCAAGUUGAUAUGUAUGAAGCCAGAGAAGAUAUCCGCGUCACCAGAGCUGCUCGUGGCAGGAGCAUUAACUUGGCGCUGUCUCACAGAGGACGCCAGGCCCUCAAGGCCAUUGGGAUGGAAGAGCAGAUUGUGGCCAAAGGCAUCCCCAUGCGGGCCAGGAGGAUACACACGCCCUCAGGAAAAACAUAUUCCAUCCCCUAUGGAACAAAGAGCCAGUACAUUCUCUCCGUCGACAGAGCAAAUUUAAACAAAGAGCUGCUAACGGCUGCUGAGAAGUACCCCAAUGCUACGUUGUACUUUGGACACAAGCUGCUCCACUGCCACACUGAAUCAGGGCUAUUAACCUUACAAGGACCUGACCAAACACCCAGGGAAGUCACUUGUGACCUCAUAGUGGGAUGCGAUGGAGCCUUUUCUACAGUCAGAAAGCAGUUUAUGCGGCAAACAUGCUUUAACUACAGCCAUGUGUACAUUCCUCAUGGAUACAUGGAGCUGACCAUCCCACCUAAGGAUGGAGAUUUUGCCAUGGAAGAGAAUUACCUUCACAUCUGGCCCAGGAACACCUUCAUGAUGAUAGCGCUGCCUAACCUGGAUAAGUCAUUCACCUGCACUCUCUUUAUGCCCUUUGAGGAUUUUGAACGGCUCACGACAGGCGAUCAAGUGCUGGAUUUCUUCCAAACCUACUUCCCAGAUUCAAUUCCCCUCAUAGGAGCGCAGGAGCUGCAGCGUGAUUACUUUUUGCUGCCACCCCAGGCCAUGAUCUCUGUGAAGUGCUCUUCAUACCACAUCGCCUCCCGGUGUGUGCUGAUGGGAGAUGCCGCCCACGCCGUGGUACCGUUCUAUGGCCAAGGCAUGAAUGCUGGAUUUGAAGACUGCCUGGUCUUCGAUGAGUUAAUGGACCAGUUCCACAAUGAUCUCAGUGCCUGCCUGCCCGAGUUCUCCCGGCUGCGAGUGCCCGACGACCAUGCCAUUUCUGAUCUAGCCAUGUACAACUACAUCGAGAUGCGUGCACAUGUUAAUUCCAAGUGGUUCAUUUUCCGCAAGUACGUGGACAACUUUCUCCACUGGCUCAUGCCCUCCACUGUUAUCCCGUUAUACACAAUGGUCACAUUCACCAGAAUACGCUACCACGAGGCGCGGCAACGCUGGGAAUGGCAGAACAAGGUGAUUAACAAAGGACUCUUCAUAAUUGGGGCAGCAGCAGCACUGGGUGGUAGCUACCCGCUCAUAAAGUGGCUCUCCCGUAAGUCUGACUCCUGUGCAGAAAAGCUGUGGAGCUGGAUGCUUCAUCUCAAGAAAAUUGGAAGUGGUCCACCGGAAACACAACUGGCAUAAAUGCCAUGGGAGCUGCUGAGGGGACACAUGCCAAAGGCCUAGGCUGUAAACUCAGAACAGUGACUAGUGGGAGGGACACAAAGGG